AUGGACCCACCCGAAGGCCAUGGAGCUGUGUUGGUACAGCAGAGAGCCACCUGGAGCCGGCGGCUGGAGUUCCUCCUGGCCUCCCUCGGCUAUGCAGUGGGCUUGGGGAACGUCUGGAGGUUUCCCUACCUGUGCUAUAGAAGUGGAGGAGGUGCAUUCUUCAUACCCUAUAUCAUCAUGCUGUUUCUCUGCGCAUUGCCGAUGUUGCUGAUGGAGUUUACCAUUGGCCAGUUCACACAGAGUGGACCUAUACACGCUUUUAUGAAAAUAUGUCCAUUGCUCAAAGGAGUAGGACUGGGCACUCUGGUGGUUUCUUUCGUCAUCAGUGCCUACUUCAACACCCUCAUGAGCUGGACCCUGUUCUACCUCUUCAACUCCUUCAAAUCCCCUCUACCAUGGCAGACGUGCAAUAACACCUGGAAUGUUCCAGAAAGCUGUUCCGCUGAGUUUACUGUCAAUGACACGUCCCAACAGUCAGCCAGUCAGCAGUUCUUUAACUACAGGCUUCUGGAUGUCAGUGAAGGUCUUGAACACAUGGGCAGUGUACGCUGGGAAGUGUUGGGGUGCCUCAUUCUCGCCUGGGCCAUCGAGUACCUCAGUAUCUUCAAAGGGAUCAAACUCACUGGCAAGGUGGUGUACUUCACGGCGCUGUUCCCCUACACCAUCCUCAUCAUCCUGCUGGUGUUCACCUGCAGACUGCCGGGGGCAGCAGAUGGCGCCCUGUUCUUCCUCACGCCCAAGUGGCACAAACUCAAAGAGGUCCAGGUUUGGAUUGACGCUCUGUCACAAGUCUUCUUCUCCAUCGGCGUGGGCUUUGGAGUCAUGAUCUCUAUGGCCAGCUAUAAUAACUACAACAACAACAUACUCAGAGAUUCUCUCAUCGUAGCCUUGGCCAACUCAGCCACCAGCAUCUUCUCUGGAUUUGUCGUCUUUUCGGCCCUUGGGUACAUGGCUCACAUCCGUAGUGUCAGUGUGGAGGAUCUCGCUGUCGGAGGGCCUGGCCUUGCAUUUCUGGUGUAUCCUGAGAUCUUGGCCACCAUGCCUGUUCCCCAGCUGUGGGCCUUCCUCUUCUUCCUGAUGCUGCUCUGUCUGGGACUGGACAGUCAGUUUGCACACUUGGAGCUGAUAGCCACCACAAUGAUGGAUUGUGUCGGUCCAAAGAUCCCCCCGUCUCUAAGGCGAAGGGAGGUUCUGGUUCUGCUGGUGUGUUUACCCAGCUUCCUGGUGGGACUGCCGUGUGUCUUCCAGGGUGGGGUGUAUGUGUUCCAGCUGAUGGACCACUACACUGUAGCAGUCGCAGUCCUCGUAAUGACUGUGAUGGAGAUUGCUGCCAUCAGCUGGAUAUUAGGAGUGCAAAGAUUCUCCAUGAUGCUCACAAGUAUGUUGGGAAAAUCUACAAAUAUGUACUUCAAGAUUUGUUGGAUGGUCCUCACACCACUGUUGGUGUUGGCUGUAUUAGUGGCCAGUAUAGUGCAGCACACCCCUCCUCGCUAUGGGAAGUGGUACCAGUUCCCUGAUUGGUCCAAAGCUGUGGGCUGGAUGUUGACUAUGGCUUCUAUCAUCUGCAUCCCCCUCGGAGCACUGCAUGAACUCUACACCAGGAAGGGCUCUCUCAUGGAGAGGUUGAGGUCCUCAGUAACCCCCAGUCUGGAGCUGGAUGUUCCCCCAGCAUCCCAUCAGGAACAGGAGAUCUGCCUGUCCAGCAGAUUUGAAGAAGCCUGCUUACACAGCUCAAUAUGA